AUGAGCUACAGCUUCAGUCAGAGCUCUUCUAGGGGGGGUGUUGGUGUCACCUCUAGGCUUUCUGAUGGUAUCUACAGAGCAGCUAGUGUACACGGUGGUGGAUAUGGAGGCUCCAGUAAUUAUAUGUCCAGUGCAUCAGCUGGCUCAGCACGUGGCUACAGCUCUGGAUUUGGUGGAGGAGCAGGGUUUGGUGGUGGAGCAGGCUAUGGUGGAGCAGGCUUUGGUGGAGGAGUAGGUUUUGGUGGAGGAUCAUCUUUCAAAGCCAGCUUCAGUUCUGGUGGUGGUGGUGGUGGUGGUGGUGGUGGUGGAGAUGGAUUACUUUCUGGAAACGAGAAGUACACCAUGCAAAACCUCAAUGACCGUCUUGCUAACUACCUUGACAAAGUGCGGUCCUUAGAGGAGGCAAAUAAUGAUUUGGAGAUUAAGAUUCGUGACUGGUAUAUAAAGCAAGGGUCCACAACAAUCCGUGAGCAGAACUAUGGUAGCUUCUACACCUCUAUUGAUGAGCUGCGUGAUAAGAUCUUUGCGGCAACAAUCAACAACUCUAAACUGAUUCUGGAGAUCGAUAAUGCCAGGCUGGCAGCUGAUGACUUCAGGCUUAAGUAUGAGAAUGAACUUUCCCUGCGCCAGAGCGUUGACAAUGAUAUCGUUGGCCUUAAACGUGUCCUGGAUGAACUGACAAUGACUAGGUCAGAUCUAGAACUUCAGAUCGAAGGCAUCAAGGAAGAACUGGUUUACCUGAAGAAGAACCAUGAGGAGGAAGUCAGUGAGAAGAAACAGCAAGCUGCCGGAACAGUCAACGUGGAAUUGGAUGCUGCUCCUGGGGUGGACAUGCUCAAGACUCUCAAUGAUCUCAGAGAACAGUAUGAGUACAUUGCUGAGAAGAACAGAAAGGAGGCUGAAGCUUGGUUCCUGAGUCAGGUUGAAACAUUGCAGAAUGAGGUUGUCACCAGCACACAGGAAGUGCAAUCCAACAAGAGCGAAAGCUCAGAAAUAAGGCGUAGUCUUCAAGGUCUAGAGGUUGAACUUCAGUCUCUACUCAGUGCUAGAGCCGGCCUGGAAUCUGCAGCAGCGGAAGUAGAGGAACGGUACUCCUACCAGCUCUACCAGAUACAGGUUAUUAUAGGUGGCAUUGAGGGACAACUUACUGAUCUCCGCUCUGACAUUGAACGCCAAAGCCAGGAGUACCAAUCUCUACUAAACAUCAAGACCAGGCUGGAGCAGGAGAUUGCCACAUACCAUCAACUUUUGGAAGGAGAUGGAGCAUUAAUUGGCAGUGGAGGUGGAAGUGGAGGAGAACUCAAAUCAGCAUCCAGCACAACAACCACCACUACCACAAAAGUCCAAGCCAUUUUAAAGGAGGAAGUUGGUGGAAAAGUAGUUUCAUCCACCACCCUGAGGAGAUAUUAAGACCAUGUUGUCAACCAAAGACCAAGUUCCCACCAACUGGCUGAGACGAGACAUUUACUUCUACUUCGCCAUCCAGGUU